GUGACUCUUUUGUCUCUCCCAACAUAAAUUAUAUUUCAGCCAGACAAAUACACAAACACCUAGCGAACCAUUUUUCCCUCCCAUGGCGUCCUUCAAAUCAAGGAGCUUCACUUCUAUUCUCUGGCUCUUCUUGAUCACCAUCCUUUCUGGUAGCCCCAAAAUUCAGGCCCAGGUUGAUGAGUCGAAGCUCGGUCUAAUGACAGAUGCUCUGGAGUGGCCAUUCUCGAUGUCUCUGUACAGCGACCUUGACAAUGUCGACGACUUGGAGUUCGAGGAUGGUGUUGAUGUUGGCGAUGAUGAUGUAGUUGAUCGCAGCAGAUCUUUGUUCUGGCAGAGGGGGAGGCGGUACUACAUUUCGUACGGGGCACUCUCUGCGAACAGAAUCCCAUGUCCACCGCGUUCGGGGAGGUCGUACUAUACUCACAACUGUUUCAAGGCCAGAGGAACUGCACACCCUUACACUAGAGGGUGUUCCGCGAUCACCCGUUGCAGGAGAUGAUGAGUUUGGGCUUAAUUUCUGCAUCCUCGAAUCACAGUUUCGGUUUUAAUAAACAUGAGCGUAGUAAUUGAGUAAUAUCUUUUGAUUCUGCAAAGUGUUCUAUGUUUGCUAUUAUUAAUGUGAAGCCUUGAAGUUAUCAUUCCUUGUUUGGCCA